AUGAAGGCUGCCAUCUCCUCACUUCUGCUCGCUGCUUUCGCAGUCACGAACGCUGCCAACUGCGGCGUGAGCAAGUUGGCCGCGAUUGCCAACUCGGCUGAUGCCUCCAGCUGCAAGCUCGGGAGCAACUUCGUGGUUCCUGUCGAGUCUACGGUCAACGCCAUCGUUACCAACUUGGAGUCGUUCUGUGCGGAUGAGUCCUGUGGACAUGUCCUUGAAGCUCUGCAAGAUAUCGGGGAGUGCUCAAUCGACGGUGAAGGUCUUCGUCAGAGCGUCGUUAACCCCAUCAAGGCCGUGUGCAGCGCCACCAGAGCUCUGCGAGCGGCUGAUGGAUCGCACCAGCACGGAUCCACGAUGGAGAUUUCUUUGGGCUCGAUGGAGAUGGAGGAUUCCCAUGAUGCGACAUCUUCGUCGACUGCAACGGAGUCGAGCGAGAUGGAGGAUUCGCACGACAUCGCUUCCUCAGCUUCUGGUUCAGCUGCCGCCGGUGACGACGACGACCACGACUCGCAUGACACUGUCAGCAGCACAGCCACAAGCUCCACUGGCAGCAUUGCAACCAGCUCUGCGGCUGGUAGUUCUACUGGGGGUGCUACGACCGGUUCGAAAGCGACCAGCAGCAACUCGACUUCGAGCACGCAGGCUCCGAGUGCCUCGAGUACGUCGUCCGCUGGAUCGGUCUCGGUUGCUCUCGGGUCGGUCGUCCUCGCGGUUGCAGCUGCCUUUGCCUAA